GUAAGUUUUUAUUGAGAAAAUUAUUUGUGCUCAUUUGUAAGUAUUAGGUCAAAACUGCAGUAAUGCUCCGAAAAAGAGUUUGGAGAGAUGCAGUAAGUAGGCAUCAGGACGAGUCCCUCAACACCACCAUGUCCGUGAAUGAACUUGGGCCAACUGGGUUCCUUAUUAAUGAAGAUGGAGAAUCUGAAAGCUAUAAAGUGUUUCUGGGUGAUCCUCAUACCUGCACUUGUGGAACCUUCCAGAAAGAGAAGGACCUCUGCAAACACAUCUGCUGGCUUUUGAUGCGCAAGUUUCAGCUGCCAAGAAAUCAUGAAUAUUGUUUCCAGCCAGGUCUUGGAGAGAGACAGAUCCUGGAGUUGCUCGAGCAUCCGUACAAGAUGGCCAGUGCCCCAUCGGCCCCUGAAGAUGACGGUACGGUCCGGCAGAAAGGCGUUAGCGAUGACGAUAUCUGUCCCAUCUGUCAAGAAGAGCUGAUUAGGAAAAGACUUCCAGUGGUAUAUUGCAGGUUUGGAUGCGGAAACAACGUUCACAUCUCCUGCAUGAAAGUGUGGGCUGACCAUCAGAGCAGGUCCAAGAAACAAGAAUCUUCCAUUAAUAAGUGCACCGUGUGCAGUUAUUACCACCUGUGUGGGAAAUGCUUUAAGAGAAGCUGUCAUCCUCAACACAGCUUUGCAGUGAGAAGGAAAAGAAAUCAGUCAUGGCAACUAAUGGUGGAAAGCAAGAAAAGCUUAGCUGACAAUCAAGAGAUGUGCACCAACACUAACACUGGUGUCAUGUCACAAGUGGUUCCAGAGCAUGUUUUGAAGAUUUUCCCAGAAAAGCACGUUCUCCCAGGAUCUCGACUUCUGGAACCAGGAAUGCAGUGUCGCCUUUGCUUUCAGAGCUUCCGUGUGGGUCAGCAGGUUAAAAUUCUCCCCUGUCAACACAAGUUUCAUUCUGACUGUAUCAAGAUGUGGUUAAAACAGUCUAUCUGCUGCCCCGUGGACUGGCAUGUCAUCUACAACCCUCUCACGUGGAGAGGUGAUGACAAUAAGCCGAUCUGUACAUCAACUCGUACAAGCCGUGCCCAGAUCAUCCUUACUCAUCAACCAUCCAUCGUCCAGCGCACCCGGGCCCUCGGCAUCGACAGCACACAGAGUGCAACGCCCAAUUCCCGUGAAUCUAGCUCCCUGCAGAGGUGCUUAUCUUUGGAACAAGCUCCAGUCUUGGUGGCUAGAAAGAAAAUGAGUGUAAAGAUAUACUGUCUAAGUCUGUCUGUGUCUUUUCUGGUUAGGAGGAUGGAAGGGUCUUGGAGAACCCAAUAGAGCUUGAAUGUGGUUUUCAGCAACCAUGACAAUUAAUCCCAACUCUCUGUUCGUGGGCGGAACAUACCAUUGAGGUCAGAGAGCGAUGGUGCGGGUGUAGGAGCAUGGUCCAGCAGUGAUAAUCAAAUCAAUCUUGACUUGCAGCCAACAAGCAUACCUAGCAGUGGUACACAAGGAAGGAGCUAAUAGUGUGUUUUUCC